CAUACUUACCAGUUUAUUUAUGGGUGUAGGCUUAGUGGAACAUCUGUUCUUCAUUUUGAAUUCGGUUUAUCAAGCAAAACAUUGUACAGGAUUUGCAGAAGCCCCUUUGAAAUAUUAUUCUGGAGUAUCAUUUCCAAAUUUCUUCACUCUUAUAGCUUAUACUCACUGGGCAGGCGCUAUCAUUAAAUUUUCCAAUACCAUAUCGACAUUUGCUUGGAUUUUUACGGAUUUAUUGAUAACACUCAUAAGCAUAGCUUUAACAGAAAGAUUUAAGCAAAUCGUACGGAGGCUUGAAAACAACAAGGUAAUGCACGAAAAAUUCUGGAAGGAAAUUCGGCAAGACUACCAAAGACUCUACCAUCUUUCAAAAACAGUGGAAAAGCAUAUGGCAUUGUUAGUGCUUAUUUCAUACAUACAUAACAUAUUUUUUCUAUGUAUUCAGUUAUAUAACAGCAUCAGAGAGAGGACAGGGAUCAUAGAAUCUGUAUACUUCUUCUACUCCUUUGGAUUCCUCGUCCUAAGACUGUUGGUAAUUUCGAUGUAUGGUGCAUGGCUUAAUGACGAGGCUAGGAAACCUUUAGACAUCCUGUACGCUGUACCUUCAGAACAUUAUUGCACAGAGAUAAACCGACUUAUUGAGCAGAUUUACACCAAUCCUGUGGGAAUUACAGGUUCUGGAUUCUUUUUGGUAACAAAAAAUUUCCUUUUACAGAUGGCGGGCACUAUAGUUACUUUUGAACUGAUGAUUUUUCAGUUUGCUCAGCCUGUAAAGACUACAUCAACAACAAGUACAAACAUAACAUACAAUUGUAAUGUUAUAUAGAGAUGCACUCAGUGUAAAAUUUUCAUCAGAAACCCUUCUUAUACUUUUUUAAAUAAACA